UGUACACGCGCCCGUAAAUUAAGGAAGAAGAAAAAAUUAGUUUUUUUUUUAUUAUUAUUGUUAUGGCAAAAAAGAAAGAAACAGCAGCACGUAGAUAUCCAGUCAUCAGAGUGAAGCAGGAAAAGCAACAACGUAUGGCUCAUUCAGAGAGGAACAGCAUUUAUUUCGUUGCAGCUAUUGUUGCUUUAGUCGUAGCUGUUUGCGUGGUGCCACUGGCAGCUGAAGUUUCACCGCCUGACUUCAGUCAUCCUAAGCGCACGAAUCUGAAGAUGGAUGAAGCAUUUCUGAGUAUCAACAAUGAACUGGACACUGAUGUGCUGGUGUCCUGGAAGUCAGAGCUCUGCUACAAGUGUUUGUACCAGAAGCUCGGUGUGGUACCAAUGAGGACCGGCCCAGGCCAGUCCUCUUCAGCCAACUUUACUGUUGGCACACAGCAUGAAAUGACGCUGCAGAUGAACAGUACAUCUGCCGUGGAACUCUGCCAGGUUCAGUUCCAUUUCGGGGAGCAUGGAAACUACUCUCUGUGGAUUAAUAACAUGACCAACUCCUCACAGGCCAACUGCUCUUUAGUGACACGUGCAGACCCUGUAAACAGCUACAUACCAAUCCUUGUGUCCUUUUGUAUUUUUGUUGGGCUGGCCAUCGUGUUUGUUUUAGGGACGAAAUUAUUAAGACUUGGUGUCGUAAGGCGUCUCAUCCUCAAAGUCAGUGGAUCCAUGGAAACUGAAAGACUCAUCAAUUCUGAGCUGGGUUACCCUCGGAUAGAGACACCGAUCACCGACAACAUCCUCCUUCCUCCGCCCGGCACCAACAAGAGGCUUCGGUCUCUGGACACCUUCAGAGGUAUAUCCUUGGUUAUUAUGGUGUUUGUGAACUAUGGAGGAGGGCGAUACUGGUUCUUCAGACAUUCCAGCUGGAAUGGUCUUACAGUCGCAGAUCUUGUCUUUCCUUGGUUUGUGUUUAUAAUGGGCACAUCUAUCGCGCUGUCGAUCAGCUCGUCGCUGCGUACGGGCUCGAGUCGUUUCUUUUUGCUCAAGAAAGUCAUGCGGAGAAGCGUACAGCUCUUCGUCAUCGGCAUCUUCAUCAUUAACCCUAACUACUGCCAGGGACCACUAUCUUGGGACAACUUGCGGAUCCCCGGUGUGUUGCAGCGUCUCGCCUGGUCCUACUUGGUCGUAGCCAGUCUGGACCUGAUGGUGGCGAAAGGACAUCUCGACAUCCUCACAACAGAUGCCUGGUGGUCUCCUGCACUUGACAUCUUGCUUUACUGGAAAGCCUGGGUGUGUGUGCUCCUUCUGGAAACCCUGUGGCUCUGCCUUACUUUUCUUCUUCCUGUACCAGAUUGUCCCAGCGGGUAUCUGGGUCCAGGUGGGAUUGGAGACACGGGCUUCUUUGCUAACUGCACUGGUGGAGCUGCAGGUUUCAUUGACCGUUGGCUGCUUAGCGAAAAGCACAUUUAUCAAACUCCCUCAUCACGGGUGAUUUAUGCGACUAACAUGCCGUACGAUCCAGAAGGUGUUCUGGGUAGCAUCAACUCUGUCCUCAUGACUUUUCUUGGAUUACAGGCUGGAAAGAUAUUUUUACACUACAGAGAUUUUCCUCGAAGUAUCAUUUCAAGGUUUCUCAUAUGGGGUUUCUUUCUGGGAGUCCUAUCAGCAGUUUUGACCAAAUGUUCCAGAGACGAGGGUUUCAUCCCUGUGAACAAGAACUUGUGGUCACUGUCCUAUGUAACAACCUUGGCUUGUUUUGCCUUUGUGCUGUUGGUGUUGGUCUACUAUACAGUCGAUGUGAAGAAGUGGUGGUCUGGGGCACCGUUCUACUACCCUGGUAUGAACUCCAUCCUUGUGUAUGUGGGCCAUGAGGUGUUCGAGGAGUACUUUCCUUUCCGCUGGCGCAUGGCCGACAGCCAAUCGCAUAAGGAGCACCUCACCCAAAACCUUGUGGCCACAUCCUGUUGGGUCCUGAUCGCCUAUAUUCUCUACAGAAAAAAGAUAUUCUGGAAAAUUUAGAUGAGUGACCUAAAUAAUGCACAGCAAAUGCAGACAUUGUAUACCUCAGGGUUGCUGGCGAUAUAUUCUAAAAACAGAUUUUUUUUUUUCAUUUGAAAAAGCACUUUUUGUCUCUUUUUGUUUGUUUUGUUUGUCUUUUUCUUUUGGUGAACACACAUUGAAGUGCCAAACAUUAAUUACUGACUCAGGUAAGUGUCAUAACACUGAACACUUAAUUCUGUCAUUUAGUUAUAUAAAACACUAGAAAAGGAAGUUGUUUCAGUUGUUUAGGAAGUUUCUUUUGACUUCCUUAAACUUUUGAGCUAAGAUCUGCUGCCAUUGUAAGGGCAGUUAUGUCCCACUAAAAAAACAACUUUUGAAGCAUCCACUUUAUCUCUUCCUCGCUUUCUCUGUGUAAGUUUAAUCAUUAUUAUCAUCCUAUGAAGAGUUGACAUGUUUUCUUUUUUGUUGGUGUUGUUUUGUAGUAAAAAAGACACAUUCCAGAUGACCUAAAAUCUGCAUCAGCUGCUUGUUUCACAUUUUGAUCAAUCCUGAAACAUCAAAUAUGUUUCCUUUUUUUUUUGUUUUAUCAGUUUCUCAGUCACUGAAUUGCUUUUUUUUAAUUGCCUCGUGCCUUUACAUAGAUUUAUGUCUGUUUUUGUGAAGAAUAAUUGACCUUUGUCUUGCCAAAUGUUUGCUAGCUAUUGGUUGACAGGUUUACCAGAUUUUGUAAAGAUUUGACUGUAUUUUUCCACAUACAGUGGUUUGUUGUUGUAUUUUAGAGUCAAGUUUUUGAUUAUGCUAUUUCACAAUUAUCACAGCAUAUGUAUUUGUGUAUCUUUUGUAAUGAACACUGAUGCAUUUUUGGAGAAUCGUUUUUAAAAUAUCUAAUUAAUCAAAUGCUCUCACACCUUUUGACACUUGCUGUCCAAAUUGAUUAAGUUUAUAAAUUAAUUGCAUUUUUGUCAAAUUUUUAUACAUGUAAAUGAUCAUCAUCUAUGGAAAAAAUGUGUGUAUACAUAUAAAUAUAUCACAUAUAAAUAAGAUUCUUUAAUAAAAGUAUUGCAAAGAAUUGA